AUGGACGUGCCCAUUCUGUAUACAGAACGUAGAACUGCUGAAGGACGAAUUAAUCAGCAUUUUGAUGAACUUUCAACGCUGGAUUCAUUCUCACGAAUUGAAAAGAGUCAGAAGCAAUUAGAAGGUGCAUCUACAGCAUGCGAUAUGCGUGUAGAUAUUUGUAACAGUUUGUCAAGACCAGCAGCACAAAGGGAACCUUUCAUGGAGAUAACUGCAGAAGAGUUAAUGGACUACAGAGAGGAAUUUAACGCAACGACCAAUACUGCAAAAAAAUGUGGUUGA